AUGCUGCUGAGGAGAGAAGCCUGUUGGUUGUUGUUUAUUGCACUGCUUGGUUUGUUAUCAUGUGUUUCGUGCUCGUAUGAAGUUUGGCCAGAUCCAGUGGAGGAUGGACGUGAAAAGUUCCCAAAGCCAACCUCGUGGGAAGACAAAAAUUACGGCCAGUGGUGUCGAAAUCGAACAAUUGGAAAGCAUGUGCAGUGUCAAAUGGGCUCUCCAUUGCAUCUGUAUGUUUGUUGUGGUGAAGAUGGCACGUCAUGUUGCUUUCGAUUGCAGCCAAUUGUAAUUGCGUACGGCGGUGGGCUCGGAUCAGUCUUUAUUGUUUCGUUUAUUUUUGCGUUACUUCUCAAAUUCAAUAUCAUCUGCCCAGUCAACAACACUCAAAACGACGUCGAAUAUCAGGAUGUACCUAAAAAUGUCAACUAA